AUGUUUGUUAACCCAAAUGUUGGUUCAGUUUCAUUAUCGUCACCUGAUAACCAUCAUUUUGAACCAAAGACUAGUGCCCCAAAGUUCAUGGAAUUAACUCCAGGCAUAUCAUCAUAUCUUAAUGGGAAAGAGCUUUCUGUUGCUUGUACAUCUUGUGAUAACUUUAAGCAGCUUACGUGUUGA